AUGGAUCCACAACUGCUCCCACCAGAUGAACAGUAUACGUCGGACGUCACCUCUGAGAGCCAAGAAACCGGUCUUGAAGGCAACAACAACCCCGGAAAAAGCGAUUCACAGAAGCCAGCAGAAGCCGAGGACGACACCGUCUCAGAUGAUGAAACUAGCCAGUCUGGAAAUGACGAAGGGGAACUUUCACAACCUUGCCAUGCAACCCCAGGAGGGAUGGACGAGAAUCCUAUGCGUGCAAAAGUCGACUUUUGGGACUUUCAAAUACAGUUGAUGGUGUUGGAACAACAAAACAAGCGAAGGCUCAUGAUAGCACGCCAUGAACAAGAAAGAUUGAGAGGAUACAGUAUCAAGGGAAUUCUUGGUCUCGGUCAGGCAACGGCUACGCGAAUCAAUUAUACUUUUACGACCAUUGUGUAUUUGCUGUCCAUGUUCACGGGUGUGGUUGCCGAUGGCUGGUGGGGGAAAUAUAGGAUGAUAAAAUGGGCAACUGCUGUUUAUCUGGCUGGCCUAGCAAUUAUCUUACUUACAACGAUUCCUCCAGCUAUGAAAGCAGGCGCUGCACCCGCCGGGUAUGUCACCGGGCUAGUAUUAAUUGCGAUUGGACUUGGCGGGUGUCAGUCAACCAUUGUUCCUUUUAUCGCGGACCAGUAUGAAAAAUUCAGCCCCCGAACCAAAGUCACGACAAAGGGCCAGCAAGUGGUGAUCACCCGAGAUAAAACACUUACAUACAUCUACAGUCUCUACUUCUGGUCAGUUUACGAGCCCCUCCGUGUGCUCGAUAACGCUGUAUCUCACCUUAGCUACUCCAGGAUGGUUAACGUCGGCUCUCUGAGUAGUAUUGCCACCACCCUCUUGGAAGAGAAGGUUGGUUUCUGGGCAGCAUACAUUAUAACAUUUGCUUGCAUGCUGUUGUCAGUCAUUUUAUUGCAUAUUGGCGAUACUGCAUUCGCCCUGUGGCUCUGCAUAUUCCAGGCCUCUGCCAACAGGAUAUCUCAAGCUGCCCAGAUGGAAACAAUGGGCAUCCCGAACGACGCCAUGAAAACUAGCAAUGCAAUGGCCCUCGUCAUUCUCGGAAUAGCAGUCGAAAAGUGGUUAUAUCCAGCUUUGGAAAAUCGCAAAAUCCAGUUCAAGCCAAUGGCCCGUAUCACUGUUGGACUAUUGUUCAUGACACUGGGCAUUGCAUACGGAACCGCUGUGCAGGUGAUGAUAUACCACGCGGGGCCUUGUUAUCAGUAUCCGACAGAGUGUGGUGCCUCAGAAAACGGACUUCCCAAUCACAUCAAUGUCAUGGUUACUCUACCGAUGUAUAUGCUGAUCGCCUUAGCGGAGAUUUUUGCAUUCGUUACGGGGAACGAGUAUGCCUAUAAGCAAGCUCCGAAGGAUAUGAAGAGCGUGAUGCAGUCCAUAUAUGCGCUUAUGACUGCAAUUGUUCUGGGAAUAGCCCUCUCUCCGUUGUCCCAAAAUCCUCUGCUGAUCGUGAGCUGGGGUACAGUGACGGGGAUCAUGUUUGUGGUAACCUGCUUCUUUUGGGUGAUCUUUCACAAGCACGACAGGAUUUAA